AUGGCGCGCACUAAAACAUUUGCUCGCAAAAAUGCAUAUCCCUACUCACCAUCAUCAUCUUCACCAUCUUCAACCUCCAUAAGUCGUUCACCUUCUCCACCACCAAGACCAGCUCCACCAGCAACUUCUUCAUACACCACAUUUUCAUAUUACCUUUCAUCUUCCCCAAAAACAAACCCUAAUACCAUUAACCCAAAUCCUAUGACCAAUGUCCUUCCACCUCUCUACACAUGCCCUCCUCCAAAUCUCGCUCAAGUUCCUUCACAUUUACAAAAUCCUACAACAGCAAAAAGACACUUUAUGCGUGUCCCUGCAGGAAUUGGGACUUCAAAAGCUUCAAACACCAAACCAUCGCUCUUCAUCAUCUCUAAUUCUAAAACUGAUGAACCAUCUGAAACACCUUCUCACACAACUCAAAUAGAGAAGGAAAUCACUCCAACAAAACCCAUCACCCUAUCAAAAUCUUCAUUUUCCUCCAAACCUUCUCAAUCAACUCCUCUAAACCAAAACGGAGAUUGA